CUACCACCUACCGCCAGCUUCCUGCUCUAUAUCUAGUGCGGAUUAUUUUUUCCUCACUACUGCCGCUUGAAUGUCUUGAAUAUGGUCGAAUCCCCUGAAAAGCGACCACGCCCACGGCGGCCGAAGCAGAAAGGUUGCCAUGAAUGCUCCCAGCGUCGGGUGAACUGCGACAGGAAGGAACCGACGUGUGGGAAAUGUGAGGCGAAAGGGAUUGAGUGCUCAGGACUGGGGAUUCGGGUUCGGUUUUGUCAUGGCGUUGCCUCGCGGGGGAAGCUGGUUGGGAGGGACGCUUCUGGGGAAAAGUUACCCUGUCAAACAGACAUACCGUCGAGUUCCUCUUUGCGUCGCGAUCCGUCCGCCAUCCCGGCCGUGAUCGAUCCCCUGGCUCAGUGGGAACGUAUCUUGGUGGACUAUUUCAAUAAGACCAUCGCUCCCAACAUGAUCGCCGUCGACGGCGAAGCCAACGGCUACCGCACCCUCAUCCUACCGGCGGCGGAACUCUACCCCUGCGUCUUGAAGGCUGUCCUCGCAUCCUCAGCGCAUCACAUCGCACUCCGAGUCGCCCCCGACCACCGCUCCGAGGCCGUGGUGCGCGCUCAUGAACUCUACACCGACGCCAUCAGCGCCCUCCAACAGCUGACCACCGCGCCAACCACCACCCACACUCCCAAUGCAAUCACCUCUCUCGUUCUACUCAUUUGUACCAUGAUCACAGGCAGUGAGGAUUUUCCGUUUCUCUUUCGAAUGCUCUCUGCCUCGUUAUCCGUUGUCAAUCUUGGCCAUGACGACCAGCUCGGUCCUCCUCUCUACCAUUUCCUCAAUAUCCAGAUGCAAAAAUUCAAACUAUACGCCCGGCCAUUCCUCCUCCCUGCCAACGACAUCCCACAACCCACAGACACCCUUCUCACUGACGGCCUAGCCUGUCUCCUGCUCUGUUCACGCCUCCACCCCGAACACUCUGCCCGACUUAUCCAAGCAUCCCAGCUCAUCCAAAUCGCCAGUGAGCUGUACGGACGCCGCGCAUGCGGGGAGGAACUCGAUUCCCAAUCCUCGACUGAACUCGUCGAGCAGUUCAUCAACACCCUCGUUGACUACCGCUCCACUCAGAGCCUUCCUGGCCGCUACACUCCGCGAGCACUACGAUCGCACGGGGUUUGGGAAUUUACAGGCCGCUUUGCGUGUGUUGGAUGA